GAAAACUUUCCUUUUCUUUUCUUUUGGUUUUAAUUAUCUCCCACUCUCUCAUCACACACACCCAGCACUCUCUCUCUCUCUCUCUCUGGCAUUUUCUCUCAUCGGUUUGAUCGCCGGAACCACCACCGUCCGAUCAAGUCGCCGGCAUUCCGGCGAUCCGACUCAGAUGACUCUCCAUUCCGAUCCACCACCACCGACUCAUCUCCAAGACGGUACCUUUCUUCUUCUUCUUCUUCUUCGCUUCUUCAAUUUCGUUUUCUGAGUUUGAUCAACAAAAAAAAAAAAAAUCAAACCCGAAAAGAUUAGUGCCCAAUUUGAAUCCCCAAUUCGAGUCGAAGGCUAUUCCAUGCAUGCCAGAUUCAUCCAGUUUAACAUUCCCAUCUUCACUUUCCGAUUCGCAUUUGAUCCCAAAUUCUAGGGUUAGGAAAAAACAACUAUGUUCAAGAAAAUCAUCAAGGGAAACAAAAAGACCCCCAAGUCUGAUGCUCAUGAUCCUUCUUCCUACGGCCAUGGGGCCCGCAAUUCCGGCGCGGUUUCGGCGAAUGUCGUCGUGAACCACGCUUCCCGGGCCGGCCCGGCCGCUACCGGGCCCAAUUCCGGCGGGCCCAAUCCGGUCCUGCCGCCUUCCGGCACCAUCGAGCCUCUCCCGCUGUUUAGGGACGUUCCGGUUUCGGAGCGGCAGACCUUGUUUCUCAGGAAAUUGCAGGUCUGCUGCUUCCAUUUCGAUUUUACGGAUACGCUCAAGUCGCCUAGGGAGAAGGAGAUUAAGCGGCAGACACUGUUGGAAUUGGUUGAUUUUAUACAAUCCGGUUCGGGGAAGAUCACCGAGACUUGCCAGGAGGAAAUGAUAAAGAUGGUUUCGGUUAAUAUAUUCCGGUGCUUGCCCCCCGCGUCGCACGAGAACACGGGCCAGGAGAAUGCGGAUCCCGAGGAGGAGGAGCUGUAUUUGGAGCCGUCCUGGCCGCAUUUGCAGUUGGUUUAUGAGCUGCUGCUUAGAUACAUUGUGUCGUCUGAUACUGAUACCAAGGUGGCCAAGAAGUACAUUGAUCACUCGUUUGUGUUGAAGCUGCUGGAUUUGUUUGAUUCGGAGGACCCGCGUGAGCGGGAGUACUUGAAAAACAUUCUUCACCGCAUAUAUGGGAAGUUCAUGGUGCACCGCCCCUUCAUCAGGAAAGCUAUUAAUAACAUAUUCUAUCGGUUUAUCUAUGAGACAGAGAGGCACAGUGGGGUUGCUGAGCUGUUAGAGAUUCUUGGGAGUAUAAUUAAUGGGUUUGCACUUCCAAUGAAAGAGGAGCAUAAGCUGUUUCUUGUUCGAGCACUUAUUCCGCUGCAUAAGCCUAAGCCGAUUGCAGUGUAUCACCAGCAGCUGUCCUACUGCAUAACUCAGUUUGUUGAAAAGGAUUACAAGCUAGCAGAUACUGUUAUACGGGGUUUGUUGAAAUACUGGCCUGUGACCAAUUGUCAGAAGGAAGUUCUUUUCCUUGGAGAACUUGAAGAAGUUCUGGAGGCAACACAAGCUGCAGAAUUUCAGCGAUGCAUGGUACCUCUUUUCAGGCAGAUUGCCCGCUGCCUCAACAGCUCUCAUUUUCAGGUUGCAGAACGAGCACUCUUUUUGUGGAACAAUGAGCAUAUUGUGAGUUUAAUUGCUCAAAACCGGAAUGUUAUAUUACCAAUUAUCUUUGAGGCAUUGGAGAACAAUAUUUCAACUCACUGGAACCAAGCAGUUCAUGGUCUGACUGUCAAUGUUCGGAAAAUGUUCUUGGAAAUGGAUGCCGAUCUGUUUGAAGAGUGCCAAAGGCAGCUUGCAGAGAGAGAGGCAAGGGCCAGAGAGGUGGAAGAACAGCGGGAGAUGACAUGGAAAAAACUGGCAGAUGCAGCCGGAGAGGAUAUGAUUACAGUCUAAAUGAUCAACCAAGGUUUCCAUGUACCUGCCGGCACUGGAAAGUGAAUGGAAGGAAGAUGACGACAAGUCUGCUCCACCUCUCAUUUUGGUGGUAUUCUUUUUUAAUAUUUUUUUUUGCGUUUUAAUUUUUUGAUCUCAAUUCCAGUCGUUGAAGAUAUCAGAAGAAGCAGUGAUAAAUGUAAUUUAAGCUGUAUUGAAUUUGUUAGCAACAUGCUGCAGAUUAUUUGUGAAAUAUAUUUUGUAUUCUCCCCAUCA